AUGUCCUCAUCUUCAGAUACGGUUGGCAUUCCCACACCGUUUGUUGUAGACGCAUUAUCAGACGUUGGAAAGAGUUCUGCAAACUACGUUCACAUUAGGAACCAACAACGUAAUGGCAAGAAGAGUUUAACAACUGUACAAGGACUAAGUUCGGAGUUUGACUUGAAGCGAUUAUUAAAGGCAUUCAAGAAGAACUUUAGCUGUAAUGGAACAAUAAUUGAUGACGCUGAGCAUGGUUCAAUUUUGCAAAUUCAGGGUGACCAUCGACAAAACGUUGCAAAGUUCCUAGUUAGUGAAAGUAUCGUCAGUUCAGACGAAGUUAAAAUACACGGAGCUUAG